AUGAACAUCUCUGCUCCAGUCACAUUUUUCAUCAUAGAAGGACUGCAGGAGAAGAAAAUGCUCAUGUUUGGUGUUUUUCUAACUAUUUAUGUUGUGGUGUUAUGUGGCAAUGGCAUGAUUAUAUAUCUGGUGAGGACGGACCCUAAGCUUCAAACUCCUAUGUAUUUCUUUCUUCAUAACCUCUCUUUCUCAGAUAUGGUGUUUGUCACAGUAUACAUACCCAACUUGCUAUCGGGUUUACUAAAAAAAGAACACAUUAUUUCCAAAUCUGGAUGUAUGGUACAGAUGUACUUUUUCCUAUCCAUGGGCUCAACUUGCCGAGCUAUCUUGACAGUCAUGGCUUUUGACCGCUACGUAGCCAUAUGUAACCCACUUCGUUAUACUACUAUUAUGACUAAACAGGUGUGUAUACUCCUGGUUUUUGCAGCAUGGUGUUUUGGUUAUGGAAUGGUCUUGCCGGCACUCUGCCUGGCCCUUCAGCGACAGUUUUGUGGGCCCAAUAGGGUGGAGCAUGUCCUCUGUGACCACUCGUCUGUGGUGAGACUAGCCUGUGACGACACGACGGUCAACAACUACCUAUCUCUGGCCCUCGCUAUGGUCGUCCUCAUUGGCACGUUCUCCCUCAUCCUGGCCUCGUACGUGUGCAUAGGUAAGGCGGUGCAUGGCAUGGGGCGGGUGGAGAGGACGAAGGCGUUCACCACCUGCGCCUCUCAUCUGAUAGUGGUCUGCUUCUCGUACGUGUCGGCCAUGUGCGUGUAUGUCUCCUACCGCGUAGCCACGUUCUCCCCUGACACACGUAUGAUUGUGGCGGUGGUGUAUUCUGUUCUCACACCGUCUCUCAACCCCAUCAUUUACAGCUUGAGGAACAAGGAGCUUUGGGAGGCUCUAACCAGAGCCCUCAUCCCAGUGCUUAGUCCAAGUGACCGGAAAGCCUCCGGCUGCACGAUAACCCCUCCCGACUGGAAGGGCUCUCGGCUGCCUCUGUCACGUCAGUUCUCCCCCGAACAAGCACCAGAACCGGCCAGACGUGGGUCGUGGUGUCGCUUGGGCCCUCUGUCUCCCGCCGUGCAGCUGCGCUACCUCAAACAGCAGCAAACAGUCCCACUGCAAGCCGAACCCCCGGACACGCUGGAACCCCUGGACGUUCGGUCGUCAGAGAGUUCGCGCUCUCUAUGGAUGAGAUCCUCGGAUGACGGCAGCAUCGACAUCAGCGUUGAGCCGGGAACUUCUUGCCAGCCGCGGACACUUCCGCGACAUCAGCCGGGCUGGCAGCUCUCGUCGGCUGUGCAGGGCUGGUCCCGCUGGUCGCCUGCACAGGUCCCGCGCCGGGCCGGAAGGUCCUCCAUCCUCCGUAGUGGCGAGCUCAGCGAGCUGGCUAGUCCUUAA